CUGUCCGUCUGACGAUCAAGACAACUCACUCACUUUUGCUGUCUCUCCUGCCUAGGGUACUAAGGCCUAAGACAUGUCGUUGAACAACAAGCGGUCGAUUGUCAAUUGGUAGAUCUUAGGCAUUCCCUGCUGCUCAUUCAUUUCAUUUCCUAUUUCAAUUCCAUUUCACACGUUUAGAAGGUGGAGGUGAGGGCGGCGUAUAAGUACGAAGUACAUACGCGGCAGUACAAAGAUACAUUCGGCCACAAACACUUGAACCUUAAAUUCGCGUAUAGGCUCGACAUGGCUCGCUCAAAGCAGGCGACGCCCAUCCGGCGCGAGCUAUCCUCGGAUUACUCGAGCAAGCUCGACCGUGUCCCGCAGCAGAGCAGAGAAGCAGUCGGGAAGGGCAAUGGCCAUGUGUCGUUGUCGACAACGACAACAACGACGACGUCAACUGCCAAGGUGCCACCGCCAUCCGCCAAGAAGGAGGCCGGCAUCGUCACGCUGUUUAUUGACGUCGCUGGUAUCUACGCCUCCUUCCUGACGUGGGCAUAUCUCCAAGAGAAGCUCACAACAACAACCUACGGUGCCGAUGGCGAACGCUUCAAGUUCUCCGUCUUCCUAUUGACGAUCCAGUCGCUAUUCGCUGCGGCCGGCGGCAAGAUCUUCACCGUGCUCAGCACGCCGCGCGGCCAGCCGGUGCCGUCCAUGAUCCCGAACGGCAAGAUCCUGCCGCCGCUGCUCCUCGUCGCCUUCACCAACGCGCUGGCCGCGCCCUUUGGCUAUGCCGCCCUCGCCCACAUCGACUACAUCACCUUCAUCCUAGCCAAGAGCUGCAAGCUGCUGCCCGUCAUGUUCCUACACAUCACCGUCUUCCGCCGCCGCUACCCCCUGUACAAGUACCUCGUCGUGGCCGCCGUCACCCUAGGCGUCGCCGUCUUCACCCUGCACUCGGGCAGCAAGAAGCACCGCCUGGCCAACCACAGCGGCCAGACCGCCUGGGGCAUGCUGCUCCUCGGCGUCAACCUGCUCUUCGACGGCCUGACCAACAGCACCCAGGACUACAUCUUCUCCACCUUCCAGCCCUACACGGGCCCCCAGAUGAUGAUGGCCAACAACCUGCUGUCCUCGGCCCUCACCGGUAGCUACCUGCUGCUCAGCCCCUGGCUGGUCCACACCCCCUUCGGCCAGUGGUUCAACAUGGCCGCCACCGGCGGCGCCGGCGAGCUGGCCUCGGCCCUCGCCUUUCUCGGCCGCCACCCGGCCGUCUGGCGUGACGUCCUGGGCUUUGCCCUGUGCGGAUGCGUCGGCCAAGUGUUUAUUUUCCACACGUUAUCGACCUUCUCGUCGGUGCUCCUCGUGACCGUCACCGUGACGCGUAAGAUGUUCACCAUGAUCCUUAGCGUUCUCGCCUUUGGCCACCGCCUGUCCAGCAUGCAGUGGCUCGGCGUCGGGCUCGUGUUUGGCGGCAUCGGCGUCGAGGGCGGCAUCGCCCGGCGCGAGAAGCUGGCUAGGGAGGCUGCCAAGAAGAAGGCUUCCGCUGCUGCUGCCGCCGCUGCUGGGGGGAAGAAAAAGGCGUAGUCCUAGUGCUCUGUUGCGCGUGCGUGUGGUACGAGGUAGUUUAAAAAAAGAAAAGAGAGAAAAAGGGUGUAGUCUUCUCGCGCACGGCAAGGCACGUAGAUAGAGGCCAGGUCUUGAUUAUCCUCUCUCUUUGGGUUUCUCGUAUUUUGUAGAUAUGUAAUAGUUACGGAUUGAAAUAGAAAGUGAAUAGAUAUUCUAUGACCAUAACCUCGAAAGUC